ACCUUUCAAUCAUGAAGAAACCUCAAAUUAGUCAGGAGAUAAAUUAGAUGAUUAGGAUAUAGUAGUAAUCACAUUCCAUUUCGGGAGUACUACAGGUUCAAGAUAAAUGAAUGGAUGAACGUUUAAUGGAACCUGGAGAAACAAACCAGCCUGAGACAACUGUAGAAGUCUUUGGCGACCGGGUAAAUGAAACAAGCAGUUCCGGAAACGUAUGGCUCCUAGAGAACAAUGGAGAUAAUAAACCACAAAUGGACAACUCACCCCGAGGAAGACCACCAGGUCAGCAACCUGGGCAUCAGAAGAAAAAGAGAAAGAACAAUGACCCAUACAAAGGUUACGUAAAAGUAUUUGUUUCCGGAUUGUUGCUGAUGGGUUUAGCCUACUUCGUACAUUUCCUAGAGCCGGUACAGGUCAUUCGAGAUUUUAACAUGAAUAUGAGAGAAGGUUCCUACAUAUAUAGAAUGUGGAAAGCACCGCCUAUAAAAUUGUACAUAAAGGUCUUUAUCUUCAACAUAACAAACGCUGCACAAUUUCUCAACGGAGAAGACAAAAAACUGAGGGUAGCAGAAGUUGGUCCAUACACUUACAGUGAGACCGUUGUUAAUGAAGAAAUUGUCUGGAAUAACAAUAAGACCAUGUCUUUCACGCCAAGGAGGAACGUACAGUUUGAACCGGAGAUGUCAAUUGGUGACCCAGACGUUGAUAUUGUGACGGUAGCAAAUAUUCCACUAUUGGGGAUUGCUUCAUUGUUGCACAAUUCUUCGACGGGCUUGAACCUGGCUUUGUCUACCCUGGUCAGUUACCUCGACUCCCAACCGAUCCUCAACCUCUCCGUCAGCUCCUUCCUCUGGGGCUACGAGGACCCACUGGUGAGGUUGGCGAAGAACGUCCUACCAUCCUGGAUCAACUUCGCCCAAUUUGGCAUCCUGGACAGGAUGUUGGACGAAGGAAUCAACAGGGUCACCAUGAGUCUCCAGAACACAAACGAAACUAGCCAGUUCUCGAUACAGAGGCUCAAUGGCUCUCCUGGACUCCAGCAGUGGGGAUACAAACCGGAGGAUGAUGACAGGACCAACCAUUGCAACAGAGUUGAAGGAACACUGGAGGGCUAUCUGUUUCCAAACAACAUCCAGAAGAAUCAGUCAUUCACCAUUUACCGAAGAGCCUUCUGCAGACCUUUGACGAUCGAGUACGACAGGACGGGUGUAAGCCGGACCGGAUACCCGAUCUACAUGUUCAAAUUCGCUAAAAACCUUUUGGAUCCGUCUAACCCGGAUAACGCCUGCUACUGCAAAAAUCGGCAAGAAGCCUGCCUCCCAUCAGGACUAUCAGAUUUGUCACCAUGCUAUUACAAUUUUCCAGUAGCCAUCUCAUUACCUCACUUCUUGAACGGGAAUAAAUCUCUACACGAAGCACUUGAUGGUGUUUCACCGGACUACAAAAAGCAUAGUUCGUCUGUCGGCAUCCAGGCAGAAGUUGGGGUACCCGUGACUGUAAAUAUAAGACUGCAAACCAAUCUGGUGGUAAAAAAGACAAAAAUGAUACCGAGAGUGAAGAGGUUCAACAAUUUGGUCAUCCCGAUAUUCUGGAUGCAAGUUGAACUUAUCGACCUACCAUUUUCGGUGAACCUCGUCAUUUACUUGCUGACCGAAAUCGGACCGAUGCUCCAGAAAGCCUUCAUCGUUGGAUGUUUCGGCGCAGGUCUUAUAUUGGUGUUCUUCGCAAACUUGCGGUACGCCUGGAGGAGCGGCAUCUUCUGGAAGAAUAGCAGAAGAACUGCCACCAUCAUCAGCUACAGGCAGAAGCAGAGACAGCACGAAAAGGUCAUAUGGAGGCAUAGCAGGUAUUCCCAGCUGUUCAUAAAUCCGCCGGCAGCUCUUCACGAAGGAAGGACGCGGUAGACCGUACUCUGACUGUGAUAUAUUAUUGUAAAUAUUGUUAAUACACAAGACAAAAAAAGUAUUGUGAUUUGUAUAGAAACUUAUGUAUAUUAGACUGUUGUAAAUAGACACAGAAACAAAUUUCAGCUCAUAAAGUUCCACUGUGCCAGAGAAUUGAUUCUCUGAACACUAUGUAAAUAUAUUGAUGAUUUGUUAUAAUUUUUGUUUUUUUAAAGAAAAUAUCAAGAAAAUUAUAAAUAUUAAUUUUUACUAUUAUGUAUUUUAUGAAUUUUUAAAUUAAAUUAUUGUAUCUAGAGUUUAUAAUUUCAAUGUAUUAUGCGAUUAUGAAGUGGAACACUUCAUUCGAUAAGGAUGAUUUUCAAAUCGUGAAAUAAAAAAUUUGUUUGUUGUUUUA